UGACGUUCUUUACAUGUUCCCUACUGAAAUUGAAAUUUACCUGGAUAAACUAUUGAUUUUUGACACAGUUCCGCUUAUUAAGUAGUUUUAAAGCUAUCCUUAGCAUAUUAUUUUGUGCUUAAUAAUCUGUAAUGAACAAAACUUCUUCAAUCUAAAGUUUUACAUUGAAAAAAGUAAACGCCUCGCCGAACAGCCUGUGCUCUGACAGUCUGCACAACAACAAUCGGAGAACGUAACACUAGUCAUGAAGUUGGAUGGAGCUCGUCACCCGUGUCAAGUCCUGAUAUACCAGGAAAUAACAACCCGUUAAGAAAACCCAGAGUAGAGUUACACCAGAAGUAAGAUGUCCUCCUCAAGUGAUGCAGUGACACCAAAAAGGCCCAUUGAAAGAUCUCCUUUACCAGAUGGUAGAACAACGACAAAGAAAUCAGUAAAAGAAAGAAGGCAACAUUUACAACGAGCAGAUGCAUCAGACUCUGAUAGUGAUGACAGCCUGUCGGUCUCCUCCUCCACUAUGUUGGACCUGGAGGGGAGGCAACCCAGGACCGCCAAGGUGAAGAAGUCCAAGGGAGAGUGGAUCAUUAUAGAGGGACUCAGGGACGGGCAGAAGUUUGAUGGUCGCAGCAAGCCUGUAAAAUUUGACGGGUAUUGCUUGAAAACUAGAAAAUGGCCUUUGAAAGGUUGGCACAAGAGAUAUUUCAGUCUGGAAAAUGGAAUUUUAAGCUAUGCAAAAUACCCAAGAGAUGUAAGUAAAUUUUCUAUCAUUCUAGUUGGUGAAACUUUAAAAACACUAGUGAGAACCCUGAACACUGAGCGAGAUCGUUUGAAGUGUGCAUUGGAGCAGGAUGCGGGUGUCGCCAAUGUGCAAGGUAGUGCUGCAUAUAUUCAGACUUUGCGGCAGGCACUAAGUGAGGCUCAUCAGCAGAAUAAAGAGUUGCGUUCAAGACUAGCCCGUAUCCAUGGAGAGUCUGAUCUCUCUGUCCUGCCCUCUCCUCAGAGCACCCUUGACAGUGAUCAGGGCAACAAAUUAUUAUCCCAAUCGCUGUCCUUAGAGAGCACUUCUAUAUCAGAAUUCUUUGAUGCAGCUGAGUAUAUAGCACCUAGUGCUUCUUCAUCAGAGGGUUCUGAUGAAGAAUCGGACUCCAGUGAAGUAGAAGAUGGAGAAGAGUUUGACUUUACUCCUCCUUCAAGUGACAUAGACCUUGCCAAAGCAACUGGCCAUCGAGAAAAAUUGCCUGCCCCCAAAACAGACGCUGGAGACCUCAAUUUGUGGAAUCUCUUAUGCAAAAAUAUUGGCAAGGACUUGUCCAAAAUCUCAAUGCCAGUCACUCUCAAUGAACCUCUGAAUAUACUACAGUGGCUGUGUGAAGAGCUGGAGUAUAGUGAGCUUGUGGACAAGGCUGCACAGACUGAUGAUCCAAUUGAUAGAAUGGUUUAUGUGGCUGCAUUUGCUGUUAGCGCAUAUGCCUCAUCCUCCUGUAGGGCAGGACAGAAACCUUUUAACCCUCUGCUGGGAGAGACAUAUGAAUGCGUUAGAGAAGACAAAGGAUGGAAGUUCAUUGCAGAGCAGGUCAGUCAUCAUCCUCCAAUCUCAGCAUGUCACUGUGAUUCCCCGAACUUUAUAUUUUGGCAAGAAUCUCGUAUUAAAAACAAGUUUUGGGGAAGAUCCAUGGAAAUCCACCCUGUAGGAACAGUGCAUUUAGUAUUGCCAAAGUAUGGUGACCAUUACCAAUGGAACAAAGUGACCUCAUGUAUACAUAAUAUUCUGAGUGGCCAAAGAUGGGUUGAGCAAUAUGGAGAGAUGGUCAUCACUGCAGGGGCCAUCACUUGCAAACUGACCUUUGCUAAGGCUUCAUACUGGUCCAACAAGAAAAAUGAAGUUUAUGGGAACAUUACUGACAAAGACGGCAAAGUGGUGCAGUACCUGUUUGGGAAAUGGACAGAGGGCUUGUAUUGUGGAAAAGCGCCCUCUGUGAAAUGUAUAUGGAGACCAGGUGCUUUACCAGAUGACUAUGAGCUGUACUAUGGUUUUACCAAGUUUGCAAUUGAGUUAAAUGAGCUAAAUCCUAGCCUUAAAGCAGUCCUGCCUCCCACAGAUACAAGGUUCAGAACUGACCAGAGGCUUUUAGAAGAAGGACACAUAGCAGAAGCAGAAACAGAAAAAUUGAGAGUAGAACAACUACAGAGAGAUCGUCGUAAACAAAGAGAAGCGGAAGGAAUCAAAGCUGAGCCUAUGUGGUUCAGGAGAGAAAGAGGAGAGGAUGGCUCUGAGCACUUUGUUUUUUCUGGGAAAUACUGGGAUGCAAGGAAAAACCAAGAAUUUGUCAAAAUGACCUUUCCAAAACUGUGGUAGCUAGGAUGAAUUUUUUGUGGUCUGAGAAAAUGAGUAUUUGAAAAGACACCCUGUGUGCUUAAAGUCAGUUUUCUUGAACAAAUUGUGAUCCAUUUCAAAUAUACCAGUUAUUAGAUUUACAUAAUGAUAAUUAGUAACUUUCUGUUA